AUCAUUCUCAGUGUGUAUUCUGAAAAUCUUUAGCAAAAACGUCCAAAACGCGUCGCGCGUGAAUUAUUGUCCGACGAUGACGCGUGAUCGUUUUCAAUCGCUGUCUUUAUUAUAACGCCGACUGCGAUGCACGGUGUCAUUAAGCAACCAGAACACGAACGCUGUCGUUUGCGGUGUGAGAUCUGAAAUAAUCUAGCGUUGCAUGUGCAGCAAACGUAUCAGAAAUCCACCGACUAGCGUUCGGCGUCACGAUCGUAGGAUUUAAUCGACGCGUCAAUCUAAAUUUGAGGAUUUUUUUACGGUAAGAUUCGGAUCGAAGGGGACACUACCCCUAUCGCACAUAGACUGAAACGUCAUCAACAUUUUCCUGUAUUUAAAUGGUUGAGAGAGAGGAGGUCAUUGCUGAAAUAAGGAAGAACGCCGGUAGGGUAUUAAAAGAAACUGAGGGAAUUACACACAAGCGAAGAUUUACUCGAUUAGGCUACAUAAAUGGGGGAUUACGGCUUUCUGGUUAAAAACAACGCUGCAAAUAAAUCAGUUUUUCCUGUAAGAAUUCAUCCACACCUGCAGCAUCCGGUCCACCACCAGACAGCACCUCCAAGCCCCCCGGCUUUCAUCAGCAACAACAACACUACCAAUGGUGGAAGUGUUGGGUCUGCUUGGCUGUUCCCGGCUGUGACGACCCACUCUAACAUGCAAGAUGAUAUUUUGGAGUCCGAGACGUCCAAGGCUCCGCAACCGCAACAAGAGAGUCAAGAAGGACCAGAUAAGCAGGCGCUCUCUCCGCCAGGUCACCAAGAAGCACCGGGAAUCAUAUCGGAGUUGGAUAACGCCAUGCCAGAGGAGAACCAGCUGGAGAAAGGGACCAUGGAGAACGCCAACGGAAAAGAGGCGCUCCGUCUCGAAUCUCCAGUGUUAUCAGGGUUUGACUAUCAGGAGACGUCCGGUAUUGGUACUUUAGCACAGUCUAGUAGCUCUUCUUCAUCGUCCCUUACUGGCUUUAGCAGCUGGUCCACUGCUAUACCCCCCAACCCUUCCACCUUGAUCGAAGAGGUUGGCUUUUUCAAUCAGGCUGCUACUACUAACAGUGCUCCUCCUCCGCUGCUAUUUCAGAGUUUCUCUCAUCACACCAGUACAGGAUUCGGGGGGAACUUCUCCCACCAGUUAGGGCCUCUAUCUCAGCACCAUCCAUCUCCUCAUCCUCACUUCCAGCACCCUCAUAAUCAGCACCGCAGGUCCUCGGCCAGCCCCCAUCCACCUCCCUUCUCCCACCGCAGUGCUGCUUUCAACCAGUUGCCCCAUUUGGGGAACAACCUAAGCAAGCCUCCAUCCCCCUGUGGGAGCUAUCAGAGCCCCUCGUCCACCCCAUCUUCUACUUCAUGGAGCCCGGGUGGAGGGUACGGAGGCUGGGGAAGCUCUCAGGGACGGGAGUAUCGCCGAGGGCUGAACGGAGGGGUCAAUCCCCUCAACUCGAUCUCUCCUUUAAAGAAGUCUUUCCCAAAUAACCAAACCCCAACGCAGAAGUAUCCCCGCAACAACUCUGGCUUCAAUGCUAAACCCUGGAUGGAGGAUACCAUAAACCGCAAUGACAGCAUCUUUCCUUUUCAGGAGCGCAGUCGGUCCUUUGAUGGUUUCAGCAUGCACUCUCUAGAGAACUCUCUGAUCGACAUCAUGAGAGCCGAGCAGGAUUCCUUGAAAGCGAGGAAUUACGGGAGGCGACGAGGUCACUCAUCGUUGUUUCCCAUGGAGGAUGAACGGUCUUACGGCGAGGAUGAGAGGUCUGAUCAGAGUCUGAGCGGACUGGGCUCACCACAUAGUUUCCCUCACCAAAAUGGCGAACGCAUUGAACGCUAUUCUCGCAAGGUCUUUGUUGGAGGUCUGCCUCCGGAUAUAGAUGAAGACGAGAUCACUGCCAGUUUCCGACGCUUUGGACACUUGUUUGUGGACUGGCCUCACAAAGCAGAAAGCAAAUCGUAUUUUCCUCCGAAAGGUUAUGCCUUCCUUCUGUUUCAAGACGAGAGCUCGGUCCAGGCGCUGAUAGACGCUUGUAUGGAAGAGGAUGGGAAGCUCUAUCUCUGUGUGUCCAGCCCUACAAUCAAAGACAAGCCAGUCCAGAUACGACCCUGGAAUUUGAAUGACAGUGACUUUGUGAUGGAUGGCUCUCAGCCCCUUGACCCCAGAAAAACUAUCUUUGUUGGAGGAGUUCCACGACCUCUACGAGCUGUGGAGCUCGCAAUGAUUAUGGACAGACUGUAUGGCGGGGUGUGCUAUGCUGGCAUUGACACUGACCCUGAGCUGAAGUAUCCUAAAGGGGCUGGACGAGUGGCCUUCUCCAACCAGCAGAGCUACAUUGCUGCUAUCAGCGCUCGCUUUGUGCAACUGCAACAUGGAGAGAUCGAUAAACGGGUGGAAGUGAAGCCAUAUGUACUGGAUGACCAGCUGUGUGAUGAGUGUCAGGGCACACGUUGUGGGGGCAAGUUCGCCCCGUUCUUCUGUGCUAAUGUCACUUGUCUUCAGUACUACUGUGAAUACUGCUGGGCAGCCAUUCACUCGCGUGCCGGACGGGAGUUUCACAAGCCUCUAGUGAAGGAGGGAGGAGACCGGCCUCGCCACAUCUCCUUCCGCUGGAACUGAUCGGGGAGGUCCAGGCUGUGCUAUUCAUAUACAUGCACUUUUCAUUUUGCUAUGUCCUUUUUAUUUAGAGUUCUUUUUUUAAGUCUGAAAUUGUAUUUAUUCUUAAGUUUUAAAUUUUUUUUUUUUUUUUUUUGCAGAAGAGAAUGCUAAAAGAAAAUGGUGUAAUCCUGAUUUUUUUUUUUUUUUUUUUUUUUUUUUUUUCUUUUUUGUUGAAAAGCUACAUUGGUGCGCAUGAAGACUUGAAUGCAUUAGAUUUAAAAAAAAAUAUAGAUGUUUAGCCUGACUUGACUCUGAAUUACUGUUCUAUCUUUAUUCUCUCGGAGCCUCAUCUUUUGUUUGUAAUGGGUCACAUUUUCACUUUAAACUGUUGAAGGCUACACAGAAGGAGGCUGGGUUCGAGCCCUCGUUCAUGUGACUUUAAUGACGAGGUUUGCUCUUACUAGUCUUAAACGGCUGCAUGGCAAAUGUGGUUUCACAGUUACUCCUUCAACAAAAUGACAACAUGGUAACUACUAACACAAGGCUACAAGUUAUUGUAUGAAUGGCUUAAAAGGGGGUUCAUUCUGGAAUGGAUUGUAUGGAUUGGUUCUAACUUUUAAGGCAAAUCUUAUGCGGGGAAAAAAAGAUUUAGAACAUUAAAAAUCCUUUAGAGGUUCUCGUCCUAACAAUGCUCAGACACUGUAAGAAUACUAUUAAACUGCAUCCAAGUUACCUAUAACUUAAUCAAGCAUAGGAUCUGAGAGGCAAGGCUAACGGACAACAACGAAGAAAAGCAGGGAUGCAGGAUGUGACUGUUUGUCGUGCUUGAUGCACAGUUUUAAGGUCAGGCAAACCAAAGAUGAGCCUUAGAGAUGUCCUACUGUCUGUGAUGCAAUGAAGAUAUAUAAAUAUAUAUAUAUGAUAGAAAGCUUAAAUUGAAUUGGUUCGAUGGGUUAAACAAUAAUGAAAUCUAUUAACUUAAGUAUUUAUGAUUCUUGUAAUGGUUAUGGCAGUAACUUUGGCUCAUUUGUCAGGGAUUUUGUGCUAAAAGCUAACUCAAUGUUGUAGUAUUUGCUAAUGAGAAAUUACCAUGUGUUGCAUUGAUAGUGUUUUACUGCAUGGGUUUUGCCAUGGGUUAAUUGGUGUUCUAACCGAGCAUUGCAGUAGCUGAGCACAUUUCAAAGAAUUUGAAAAACAAAUAUUAUUUUUUACAUGGUCUGCUGAUUUUUGUACUGUGUUUUAUAGCUAAUUAUUUUGUCAUGGACGUAAAACCAUUAUGCACUACUUUUCUAAAUAUUGUUUUUCAAGUCACUUUUUUCCACAAAUGGAAAGUCCUUUUGUGAUAACUUUUCUUUUUUUCACUUGUUGAAUAUAGAUUUUGUACCUUUUGUUACUGAGAGAUCUGGUUCUAACGCGAGCAUACCUUAAGGAAAAGAAAAAAAAAAGCUAAUAUGAUUUUUGUUUAGGUUUUUAUGUAUUUACGUGCUGAAAUCCCUAGAUUGUCACGUAUAUAUUUAGGUGACUGUAUUGUUGAAACUAAUAUCUAAUAUUUGCAAAAUGCAAACAGUGUUCUGUUCUGUCUUAAUGGACAAAGUAAAUAUUGAAUCUAGCAUGACACAAAUUCCUUAAAAUGUGUGGUACGUGUAGAAAUAUAUACCUAUCCAGUACCUACCCACUAUCAGUUAUGAGAAUGAUGAUACCUCCCUCAUUAUUGGCUGUAGAAAAUAAAAUGAUUAACACUGUAAAUUAGAGUAAUGUUAGGAUGCACCUUGUAUCACAAUGAUGAAUGUUCCAUAUUGAAAUAUCAAUGUUUACUGUUAUGUAUAAUUCUGAGAGGCAACAAGGUUAAUUUAUUCAUUAGGUACGCAUGAGCUAAAUGAGUAAGUUAGGGUUUAGUUCUGUUCAAUUGCUUUAUUAGUACUUUUUGUUUCGACCCUUUUCCCACGCUUUGAGUUCUAUGUACCUUGCCCAUGCACAAAGCGUGCAUACCCCACUGUACCGUGUUUACUAGCUGACAAAAAAGAAGCAUACGAGAGGGCGAUUAGUCGCGUAUUGAUUCAGGGUUUACUUGAAUAUGCUUUCAAAAUAUUGACGGUGAGAUCUGUGCAAUACUUUUUCCCAGAGACCUUUACAGCGUACUACUUCUAAUAUAACCAUUACUCUCAACGCGUCUCACCUCACAAACUCUCCUUCAGCCAUUAUAACCUUUAACAUUCUCUGAUUUAUAUAUUUAAAAAAAAAAAAAAUACCACUGAAAUUAUAGGUGUUUUCACUUUUAUGUAUUCACAUAUUUUCCUACUUGAGUUCAUGCUACUGUGAUUACAAACAAUGUAAAUAUUAAGUGAAUAAUGUUUUAACCAUUUACUGAUAUAUUUUUAAUUGGAAUGUAAUUGUCAUUUCGAUUAUAGUUUUUGAUCAGUACACUUAUUAGAUUUUCUAGUUUUAAUAAUCACUAUAUUGUGCUUCAUGUCUACAGAAGGAUAAGAAAAAAAUAUCAGAAAAUUCUCUAUGUAACUGCUUAUUUAAAUUUACAUAGUUUAUAACUGUGUAUGGGAAGGUGUAUUUAUCAAUAGAUUUUUAUAAGAGGAAUAAUUUUUUUGCUAUGUCAUUUCUAAGUUUUAAUUUUUAUAUUUUAAAUCCAUACGGAGUUAUGUAAAGAAAAAUAUCAUUUUAUAGUUGGGUUAGUCAUACAUGUGCUUUGGUAGUUGAGUCUUGAUUAUUUGCAGUUAAAUAUUUAUAACAGAAUGCUUAAAGUAUUUGUAAUGUGAAAUGUUGAAUGAAUAAACUUGAUUGCAGGAAA